AUGGCGAUGUCCGCAGCAUAUGCCGUUUGUACGGCAGUUAUAUGUCUUGAGGUCACCGUCAUCCUCGGCCUUGUAUUAUUUCUCCUCCGACCCCAAAAAGACACCGCUCAGCUUCAACCAGAUGCCGGAAACGUAAAGACCGAGUUCACUCCAGCUGAAGAAGAAGCGCCCGCCAGAGAAGUAGAAUACAGAAUUGAGUACAAUGACUCGGAGCAAGAUGACGAGCUCAACGAACAGGAAGACAUCAUUAGUAGAGGUAUUCCGUCUGAGCCCGAGUCUGAUACUCCUGCAUUUACGACAAUCGCCGCCACCAUCGCGUUGCCGACCAAACCUCAGCGAAAGUCUUCAACUUCAUCUUCCUCAUCCGCGUCCUCAAUGCCUCCCGCAAAGGUCGACUCGCCAAAGCUCAUGCGUUCAGACUCGUCCUCUUCGGCCUCAUCUAAUGCUGACCUCAUACCCAAACUUAUUCCUGAAAUGCCCGGAAUUGAUGAGAGUGACAUUAUAUCUGGCGCAGACGAUGUCGAGAUUAACAACGGAUGGCGACGAAAGGUCAAGUUGAGCUCACUUCAGAGGAGUGGUAUCAUCAAACGUGAUCAGAUUAACGACUUCCUCAUUGGUGAUAUUUCGAAAGACAAGCUUGAAAACCAAUAUUCGCGCUGGCUCAAAGGAGAAGAACCUAUUGCUGGUAUUUUGUUUCCUGACACCGGUUUGAAGAAGUCGAUAUUUACGGCCCAGAAAGAAGAGUAUAUUUCGCGGAGCACAGCAAUAUCGCUUCUUGAAGCUCAAGCUGCCACUGGAAACAUCAUUGACCCCAUCUCCGCGCGGAAGAUGAGUGUUACAGAAGCAGCUCAAGAUGGCCAAUUCGAUAAGAUAUAUGAGCAAUGUCUACUGCGAGCAGAACGUGCUGUCACUGGCUACAAGCAAGGCGGCUACAACACACGCUUGUCAGAUGAGAAGCUCUCAAUAUUUGAAGCGAUGACGAAAGGACUUGUCGUCGAAGAACAUGCUAUACGACUGCUCGAAGCACAAAUCGCUACUGGUGGUGUCAUCGAUGUUCGCAAUAAUCACAGAGUUCCGAUUCAAUAUGCUCUUAAAAUGGGCCUUAUCGAUGAGAGGAUUUACAGGAUUAUAGCCGACAAACCAACAACAACAAACUUCGAGGACCCUAACAGUACAAGAACGCCGCCAGAGAAAGUCAGUUACAGUCAACUUUUGGCCAACUCAAUCAUCGACGAUGAUACUGGUUUGCGACUUUUCCUGUUCCAAAAGCCUGGCUUUGAAAAGACGCAGUCACAUACUUCCAGUCCGCAAUCAAUGCGAUCAGCGAAAUCGUCAUCAUCUUCUAUUGCCAGCAUUGGAUCCGUGUCAUCGAAGAACAAGGAUCUAGGUCAGCAAGAAGAGGAUGAAAUUAAACCAUUCCCAGUAGAUGAAGAUAUUCCAACAGUUGAAAAGAUUGAUUCUGUCUCGACAGAGCAAGAAGUUACCGCCCUUGACGAAGGGGCUGUGCCAGUUGAAGACACAAAGUCAAUCACUUCUAGGUCAUCAGCAAAGUCACUUUCUAUAAAAGAGUCGGAUAUUCUUCAAGACGCCUCCACAACGGAAGUUGAGGAUCUUGAGCAAGAGCAGUCAGAACACUCCGUCUCAGAACCUGAACCGAAACCAGAGCGUGUGUCAGAGAAAAUUGACAAGUUCAAACAGAAAAUAGAGGAAGUGCAAAAGCGUGAGCGCGAAGAGGAGGAACGAGAAAGACGAGAGAAAGAAAAACAAGAGAAAGAGUCUGAGACAAAGAAGGCGAAAGUCAAAAAGAUGCGUCCUGUGGAUACUGAGACAGACACAGCUGCUUCAGACCUCCUACUCAGUUCUGACGAUACAGAUGUUGAUGGGAACCGUCUUGAACUAUCGAGCAUGACAACUUCUGACGCUCAGACGGACCAAGAAGUUCAAAUUCAAGAGCUAGAGGAGCUUCAGAAGAUGGAAACACUACUGAAAAAGCCAACUCAGAUCGACGAAUCAAGCUCGGAUGAAGCGGAACUACAAACUGUACGUGAGCAGGUUCGCAGAAAAUCUAAGCGGGAGAAAAAGAAGAAGAAGGACAAAGGCGAAUCAGCCCCUGGAACACCAAAGAGUAAGUCAAAGAAAAUGACUGCUACAACUAUCGACGUUGUGAUUUCGGACGAUGAGCCGCCAACGGAGCCUGUGGGACCAGCAAAACAACGAGAUGAUUUGACAUUUACCACUGGAUGGAGAAAACAGUGUGCAAUCGUCGAUCUAGUUGACGCAGGACUUAUGGCAGAAAGCAAGGUAAAGAAAAUUGAAUCAGGCCAUUUGCUGAUGGCAGACGCUGAAAAUGAACUACAGCAGUGGCUACAUGGAAGUAGCCCCAUUGCGGGACUGCUUAUCAUUUCUACUGGUGAGAAAAUGUCGCUUUACUCAGCUGCAAAGCGAGGCUUCUUACGACGCGGAACAGCCAUCUCUUUACUGGAAGCGCAAGCUGCCACUGGAAAUGUGAUUGACCCGAUCACGGGCGAGUACAUGGCUGUGGAAGAAGCGACAAGAAAAGGUCUUAUCGACAGACAAUACGAAGCGAUCCUUUCAAGAGCGGAGAAAGCUGUUCAUGGAUACAAAUCGAAAUUUAGCGAAACACUGUUAUCAGUUUACCAAGCUCUGCAAAAAGGAAUGCUCAUCGAAAAUCAUGCGAUUCGACUUCUUGAAGCGCAAAUUGUUACUGGAGGUAUCAUUGAUCCUCAUCGACAUCAUCGGUGUCCGAUUGAUCUCGCAAUCAAGCGGGGUCUUUUUGACGAGAAGCUAAAAGUAGUCCUUGAAGGCAUCGGUGACGAUACCAAGGGAUUCUUUGAUCCAAACACAGAGCAGAAUCUCAAUUAUUCUGAACUUGUGGAACAGUGUGUAACUGACGCGGAAACAGGGCUGCUGCUCCUUCCAUACAAAAAGAAACCUCCUGAAGAGAAACUUUCCGGUCCACUUGCUAAGGUCUUGUUCGAGUCUGAGCUGAGGAGAAAAGUCACGCUCCAAGAUGUUGUUGAUGCAGAUUUGAUUGAACCUGAGACUCUGAGGCGAUUUAAGUCCGGUGAAAUGUCAGCGCACGAAGUGAAACAGCUUGUCGACUCUUUAAAAAUCCACGUCGAGGGUUCCAUGCCCAUUGCAGGUGUAAUCAAUGCAGAGAAUGGUCAGAGAUUGUCCAUUUUCCAAGCGACUCAAGCCGGGCUUAUCCGCAAAGGUACGGCUUACGAGUUGCUUGAAGCUCAAGCAUCUUGUGGCAAGAUUGUCGACGUUCAAACUGGCCGAGUCCUGUCCGUAGAAACCGCCUCAAAGACAGGUGUAUUUGACGCUGAAUACGAAGACGUCGUGAUGAGAGCGAGCCGAGCAGUGACAGGCUACAGAGAACCUUUCAAAAAGGAGAUUCUCAGUCUGUGUGAAGCCAUCUCAAGACACUUGGUUGUCGAAAGAAAUGGUGUUCGACUUCUUGAAGCCCAAGUGGCUACUGGUGGAAUUAUCGACAUGAAAUCGCCCCUAAGAUUGUCGAUCGAAGCAGCCCUUAGAAAGGGAUUGCUCGAAUCUCGACUAGCUAAGCAACUACAGGCGCGUACAUCAAAGUCAUACUUCGACCCAAAUACUGGUGAGAAUCUCAACUACGCACAGCUUAUGGAAAGGUGUAUUACGGAUCCUGACACUGGAAUGCUUUUCCUAGAGGUUGAGCCUACUUCUGAAUCUAAAGCGAAAUCGGCCGGUGCUGUUACACCCAAAGUUGGCCCCUUCGAACCAGAAGAUAGAAAGAAGAAGAAAAUUCGAGCUCAAUCAGCUGAUCCUUCGAGUCCAAAGAAAAAGAAAAAGAAGAAAGAGCAGGAUGAAAGCCGAAGUCAAUCUGAGCCACGCCCUUCCAAAGACAAGAAGAAGGACAAGAAAUCGAAGAAAAAGAAGCGCGAAGGAAAAGACAAGGACGACGAAACAAAGUCGACCAAGUCAUCCCGCUCAAAAUCCCCCAAGUCGCCCAAGAAAAGCAAAUCUGACUCUCUUCAAUCUCCAAAAAGCACUACAUCAAUCGACAUCGCGCCUAGCACUCCCAAGAAGAGCAAAGAAAUUCCGACCAAAGAGGAAAUGCUCGGAAUCGAGCCCAAGAAAGACAAAAAGAAGAAAAAGAAGAAGGAGCGCAAAGAAGAGAAAGAAGUUCAUUACCGACGGGCUUCAUCUUCGGAGACAGAAAAAGUCGAGAUGAAGUCUGAGACAGAAACCAAACCUAAGAAGUCGAAGAAAUCAAAGAAACCCUCUAAGAAGCCUUCGAAGCCGCCGAAAAUCGUCUCCAGAAAGGUCGUCAUCGUCGAUCUCGAUGGAAACGAGCUCUCGCUGGAAGACGCGUUGAAGUACAACUACAUCGAUCAAGCCCUGGCUAACGAGCUCCAAGCGCAAGAGUACGGCGACGACAACGACGAAGAACCGAAACUGGAAGAAUAA